CGUGACAGUAGGCGGAGAAUGGCACGGAAGCACCGAGGAUGCUCGCACGUCACUGAUUACCACAAGCCUUCAGACGAGCCAGAAACGAUGAAGCCUGGUUGCAAAGUUACUUGUCUUUGUAUUUUCAUUUAAACACGGCGAUAAUAUUCAAGAUGGCAACAACAACCACUGAAAGUGGAGGAACCAGUGGGUCAAAAGAUUACAAAAAGCCCACAGCGGCUGCCCUGAAAGGAGCCAUCCAGCUGGGCAUUGGGUACGCUGUGGGGAACCUGACAUCCAAGCCUGACAGAGAUGUACUCAUGCAGGACUUCUACAUGGUGGAGAGUGUCUUCCUACCCAGUGAGGGGAGCAACAUGACACCAGCGCACCACUUCCCAGACUUCCGUCUCAAAACCUACGCCCCUCUCGCCUUCCGCUACUUCCGAGAGCUCUUUGGCAUCAAAGCAGAUGACUACCUGUACUCCAUCUGUAACGAACCUCUGAUUGAGCUGUCCAACCCCGGGGCCAGCAGUUCCUGGUUCUACCUGACCAGUGACGAUGAGUUCAUCAUUAAGACUGUGCAGCAUAAGGAGGCUGAAUUCCUGCAGAAACUCCUUCCUGGUUACUACAUGAAUCUGAAUCAGAACCCGAGGACACUGCUACCUAAGUUCUACGGCCUUUACUGCAUCCAGUGUGCCGGGGUCAACAUCCGUCUGGUGGUGAUGAACAACGUGUUGCCCAGGGCCCUUAAGAUGCACUACAAAUACGACCUGAAAGGCUCCACCUACAAACGACACGCCUCGCGCAAGGAGCGCGCCAAGUCCUCGCCCACUUUCAAAGACCUGGACUUCCAGGAGAUGCUCGAGGGCCUGCACUUUGAUGGCGACAUGUACAGUGCCUUGAUGAAGACUCUGCAGAGGGAUUGCAGGGUCCUGGAGAGCUUUAAGAUCAUGGACUAUAGUCUCCUGCUAGGGGUGCAUGUUCUGGACAAGAGUCUGGAAAGGGGGGCCAGGGGGGACAGUAAGCGCCUCAACGGCCAGAGGGUCCUCUACUCCACUGCCCUUGAGUCCAUCCAAGGGGAAGGGGAUGGCAAGGUUGCAGAGCCAGUGGCAAACGAUAACACAAUGGGUGGAAUUCCAGCAAAACACAAAGAUGAGAAGCUGCUGAUCUUCUUGGGGAUCAUUGAUAUCCUACAGUCCUACAGGUUAAUUAAGAAGAUGGAGCACUCCUGGAAGGCCCUUGUACACGAUGGGGACACAGUGUCAGUUCACAGGCCCGGUUUCUAUGCAGACAGAUUUCUUAAUUUCAUGGGUGGCACUGUAUUCAAAAAGAUCCAUCCUCUAAGAGGAGCAUCCUCCAAGAGGAAGAGGAGCUCCAUCCAUGCGACGAGGUCAGCCUCCCAAGAGGUGCUGUCCCCCCAAAAGGAGAAGGAUGAGAGGAAGGCACAAAGCAUGGAGUGCCUGGACAGACCAUUAAUAAGUUCCUCCAAUCACCCUGACCUAGUCACGCUCCCUAAAAGUUUAAAGCAGGCUGUUUCCUUCUCCUCCUCUGCUCUUCAGACUAUCAAGAAAGACCUUGAGGAGCACCUGGAGAAUAGUGCCUCUUGUACGACUGUGGCUCUGGAUGACACUGUCCCCUUUCCCCCUACCCAGGGCAGCCCAGACUCUGUACAUGAUGUCUACUUGUGAAGACUGGUGGCAGAUGACAAGUCCCAUCCAACAGCACCACAAAAUAGACGAUGACCUCUACACGUCAACUGCACAACAAAUGCUAUCUUGACAGCACUCCUCUACAAACUGUCUUGCCGUUUAAUGUCGUGACCUGCACUAUGAAGCUGCUUUCUCCUGCUACAGUACACUUUGCUGCUACUGUAACAGACAGCCCUAAGGUUUUCAGAUGGAGAAGACUAAGGCAGCCCAAUUCUGAUAUUUUUUUCACUAAUUGGUGUUUUGACCAAUCAGGUCAGCUCUGAACAAUAUCUGAUGUGAAUAGAUCUUGACGUGAUUGAUCGAAAAACUAAUUAGUUGAAAAAAUAUCAGAAUUGGGCUUUUUGUGUAAACACAGCCCUUGUGGAGCAUGUCAAAUCACUUAUAUUCAUUGCUUCUCUAGCAGAGCUCUAUUUGUAUGCACAUCCAUGUGAUUUGAUUCUUUUAAUAUUGACAUCACUAAUAAUAUAGUUCAAAUCUCUGAGGCUGGAUCCCUGAAAUAUAAAAUCCAUCAAAUGGUUUUAUUUGAAGCAUACUAACAAAAGUAUAUACAUGCACAAAUAGACACUUUUUUUGCAGAAAUUAAGAUAAAUAAUCUAAAAUAAGACCAGAAAAUACUGCAUUGGGCAAAUGCUUUAUUUACAUGACAUUCCUCAGAAAUCAAGUCACUUCACAAUCAGUGCAGCAGACCUUGGACACCAGGGGACACAAAGUAGAGGACUUACAGGAGUUGCCAAUCAAUGUUCAAUGACUUGAUUUGGUCAAGAUUUUAAAACAAUGCCAUGGUGAAGGAAAUACCAUCCAAGGCUUAUGUCAUGUAGCUAAAGAUUUGUGAAUAUGCCAUAUCAAUUGUCUUCCUUUCAUGAUCACACAUUUCAUUAUGUAUUUCAUGUAGCUGUUGUCCUAUUAAUGAUCAGUCAUGAUUAUACAUUUUCUUUGUGAAAUUAUGUAUUAAGAUAAUUAAGUGUACAGUUGGCCUAAUGUAUAUUGUAAUAAAUGUUAUAUUUAUAGAAAAUACUAAUUGGCUGAGUUUAUACAGGAAGCUUAAUUUUGUUUCUGACGCUAAAUUAUUGGCGCAAGAUCUAAUCCGAUUGAUCAAAAGACCAGUUAUUGGGCAAAAACAUCUGAAUUGGACUGCCUGUCUGGAUGUAGCCAAAAUAAAAUCAGAUUAUAUGCAAUAGCA